AUGGCGACUCAAACAUUUGAUUAUAUUAUCGCGGGCGGGGGAACAGCAGGUUGCGUAGUAGCUUCCCGUCUCAAAGAAAAGAAUCCCACGUUGUCCAUCGCGAUCAUCGAAGCCGGUCCCGAUGUUAGCAAGCACCCCCUUGUACCAGAUGCAGCAGAUUACCCUCAACUUCUCGGCUCUGAGCUCGAUUGGAACUAUACUACAGUACCGCAGAAACAUUUAGAUGGGCGCUCUGUUUCCAACCAUGCGGGGAGGGCGCUUGGUGGUAGUAGUGUGACUAACGCCGGGGGCUGGUUCCGAGGCGAAAGGGCAAACUAUGACCUCUGGGGACAGACGGUUGGCGACUCGCGUUGGAGCUACAGUGGAUUCUUGCCCUACUUCCGCAAGGUCGAGUCGCAUUUUGAUCCGAAUGGCGAUAAAGAACAGCAUGGCUUUGGUGGUCCCAUGAAAGCAGAAUCUGUGACAUCCACGGGUCGCAAUUAUCCCCUGCGUCAGUCGGUGAAGGAUGCAUGGGCUGCUGUCGGUGUACCUUUAGUCCCGGACAUCAAUAAUGGCAAUCCCAUUGGAUUGGCUGAGAUCGUCGAGAACAAAGUCAAGGGUAUGCGGCAGACUGCAGCCUCUGAAUACCCACUCAAUGUUACUAUCCUGACGGAUACGAUGGUCAAACGCGUGGUUUUCGAGAAGCGCAAUGGGCGAAAGAGAGCCGUUGGCGUGGAGAUUGCGGGAGAGGAAUCCCGUGUGAUUUCAGCAAAGCGUGAAGUUAUCAUUUCAACUGGCACAUAUCGAACGCCUCAGAUAUUGAAACUUUCAGGUAUUGGGCCAGCCGAAGAAUUGAAACGUCACGGCGUGGACUUGGUACUUGAUUCACCAGACGUUGGCCGGCAUUUCCAAGACCAUCCAGGGGUAGUCCAGUGGUGGAAGUUGAAACAGCCAGAACGAGGACUCGCAGUUGGAUCACCUUUUUUCAAGGAUCCCUUGUAUCUUAGAGGUCAGCCAAUUGACUUCGCAGCAACACAACCUGUUCCCCUGGAUGGAUUGCGCGCUGCGUUACUUCGCGAUGAUCCAAAUUGCAACCCGGAUGAACAUCCGUUGAUCGCGCAAAAAGGACACCUGGAAAUGCUAGUCUUCUACGGAGCAGGAAAUCCUGCCAAUCCGACAAUUGAGAUGGACGGUUCUCAUAUUAUCUCCAUCGUGGUUGGUAUGCUUCCAACUUCUCGCGGGAGCAUUACCCUCCGUGAUAGCAAUCCAAACUCUGCGCCACUUAUCGACCCUAACUACCUCGCAACUGAGGCUGAUAGGUAUAUGAUGCGCGCGGGGAUUCGGAAGAUUCGCGAAAUGAUUCGUGAUACAGAAGCCGGACGGGAAAUGAUUGACGAUGAGACGGUCGAAGACGGGGCCACCCCAGUUAGGGUGGAUACCAGUGAUGCAGAGAUCGACAGUAUUGUUCGAGGUCGAGCUAUGACUAUGUUCCAUCCCGCUGGAAGUGCGUCGAUGGGCAAAGUGGUUGACAGUCAGCUCCGGGUACGAGGGGUGGAUGGGUUGCGCAUUGUUGAUGCAAGUGUCAUUCCUGUUCCAUUGACUGCUCAUAUUCAGAUGUGUGUUUAUGCUCUAGCAGAGCAAGCUGCAGAUAUCAUAGGUGAUGGUGAGAGGUCUGCGCAUAAGCUGUGA